AUGCCUGCUUGCCCCCGAUUUUUUUCUCCUUGCAGUGAGAACCUCCUCAUGUGGCAUCUUUACUUAUUCUCCUCUUGGAAAAUCCAUGUGACCUCCUCGCGCUGAAAAUAUGUCCACGUUUACAGGCGACUUAAAGGCAGCCCUAGAGCCUGACGUAUAAUUCGAGCGCCGAUGCAGAAAGGACCCAGACUUUUUUUUUUUUUUUUUUUUUUUUUUGGCAUCCGGUUCUGUCACCACCAGGCUGAGCCGGGCUGACGGAAGAGGCACGUGCGCUGCUGAAUGGAGCUGGUCGCUGGUUGCUACGAGCAGGUCCUCUUUGGGUUCGCUGUACACCCGGAGCCCGAGGCUUGCGGCGACUACGAGCAGCAAUGGACUCUUGUGGCUGACUUCACUCACCAUGCUCACACUGCCUCCUUGUCAGCAGUAGCUGUAAAUAGUCGUUUUGUGGUCACUGGGAGCAAAGAUGAAACAAUUCACAUUUAUGACAUGAAAAAGAAGAUAGAGCAUGGGGCUCUAGUGCAUCACAGUGGUACAAUAACUUGCCUGAAAUUCUAUGGCAACAGGCAUUUAAUCAGUGGAGCGGAAGAUGGACUCAUCUGUAUCUGGGAUGCAAAAAAAUGGGAAUGCCUGAAGUCAAUUAAAGCUCACAAAGGACAGGUGACCUUCCUUUCUAUUCACCCAUCUGGCAAGUUGGCCCUGUCGGUUGGUACAGAUAAGACAUUGAGAACGUGGAAUCUUGUAGAAGGAAGAUCAGCAUUCAUAAAAAAUAUAAAACAAAAUGCUCACAUAGUAGAAUGGUCCCCAAGAGGAGAGCAGUAUGUAGUUAUCAUACAGAAUAAAAUAGACAUCUAUCAGCUUGACACUGCAUCCAUUAGUGGCACCAUCACAAAUGAAAAGAGAAUUUCCUCUGUUAAAUUUCUUUCAGAGUCUGCCCUUGCAGUGGCUGGAGAUGAAGAAGUUAUAAGGUUUUUUGACUGUGAUUCGCUAGUGUGCCUCUGUGAAUUUAAAGCUCAUGAAAACAGGGUAAAGGACAUGUUCAGUUUUGAAAUUCCAGAGCAUCAUGUUAUUGUUACAGCAUCGAGUGAUGGUUUCAUCAAAAUGUGGAAGCUUAAGCAGGAUAAGAAAGUUCCCCCAUCUUUACUCUGUGAAGUAAACACCAACGCCAGGCUGACAUGUCUUGGAGUGUGGCUAGACAAAGUGGCAGACAUGAAAGAAAGCCUUCCUCCAGCUGCAGAGCCUUCUCCUGUAAGUAAAGAACAGUCCAAAAUUGGCAAAAAGGAGCCUGGUGACACAGUGCACAAAGAAGAAAAGCGGUCAAAACCUAACACAAAGAAACGCGGUUUAACAGGUGACAGUAAGAAAGCAACAAAAGAAAGUGGCCUGGUAUCAACGAAGAGGAGGAAAAUGGUAGAAAUGUUGGAAAAGAAGAGGAAAAAGAAGAAAAUAAAAACAAUGCAGUGAAUCCCAGAUGUCUCCUGAAAGAACUCUUUUAGAUGAAAUCAUUCUACUCAAAUGUACCUUAAUUUUUUUUUUUUUUCCCUGAGUAAAAGCAAGAAAUUUCUUCCUUUGGAGAAAAUAUAUAUAUAUUAAAAAACCACUUUUAAAUGUUUUUUGUUAAAAAAAACAGCGGUAAAAUUACUUUUGGCAGACAGUGUUUUAUGAAUUAUGUAUCAUGUUAAUAUAUGUUAAUGUGUCAUGUAAUUUUUACUUUGUACAAAGCAAAUAAAGAUCUUUCUCAAAAUAUACUGUAAAAUAAUAUAAAAUGUUGAACAAAUUUUUUAUCA